AUGGAAGAGCUCAUAUGUCCGUAAUGCUGUAAUAUAUUCAAUGAAUUCGAGAAUAUUCCUUUGAUGUUGCCUGAUUGUGGACAUACGAUCUGCUAAAAGUGCAUAAAGUAGAUGUUGAUGAGUGCUGAUGGUUAGCAGAUAUGUUGUCCUGAGGAUAAUAUUCUUGCGAAGGGGAAGACACAUAUUACAGAGUUUCCGAAGAAUUGUCAACUUUUAAAAAUGGUGGUGAAGUAAAGGCCAUCAAUAGAUCAUCCAGAAUAUUAGUUACAUCUGAAUAACUUGGCUCAGGAGAAGAUUGAAUUGUGCGGGGAACAUUUGGAGAAGUUGGAGAUCGUAUGCUUGACUGAUAAGAUUCGAAUAUGUACUAAAUGUGCUUUAUUUGGUAAUCACAGACAUCACGAGGUUCGUUCGGUAGAUGAUGUAGUUAGAGAGAUAGCCUCGAAAGCUGAGAAUAUCAUGCAGACUUAUUAGAAGAUCUUGGAUAAGCAAUCAGAGUUAACGGAGUCUAAGUUUUAUGAGUCUAUGAAUGAGAAGUAUUAGAUAAUGUUGCAGGAGAGUCAGAUGGCAGUCAAAGAGAAAUUCAAGGAAUUGCAUCAUCAGUUGGACUUGAAGGAGAACAAACUCUUGGAGUAAUUGAAUGGACUGACUCAGACUCUGGAAUAGCAAACCAAAAGGUAGAUCAGGGACUAAGUGUAAUAGAGUUUGUAAUAAGCAGAGUUAUGGAAGAUAGGGGCUAAGGACAGACUGCUUUAUUUUUCAACCAAGACUGAGAGUGGGGAAUUGCCAUUAGAUCUGCUGUACAAUUAGGAAUUUAAAGGAAAUGCCAUCUUAGACGAAAUGGAUAGAACUAUUAAGAUGUUGGAAUAGCGAAUUAAUAAUGUGAAAAUAAAGAAAAUCAGAGUGGAUUUCAAAAAACAGGAAAUAGAAAAGUGUUUUGAAUCGAUGUGUAGUUUAACAUUGUAGAUGAGUCAUAAUGAAACAAAUCAAAGGAGCCUCUUCUUUUAAGAGAUAAUUCUGUAGCUGAUUGGACAGACAACGAAGACCAAUUUGAUUUCAUAGGUCACCCAUGUAGUAUCUAAUUCACAACAUGAGUUGAAAUAGACAACAUAAUCACAAGUGCAAUAAGCUAAAAGUCCUGUGAGGACAGAACCGUCUCUGCAUAGUUUUUAGUCUGCAACUACUCCCUUGAAAUAGUUAAAGUAGAAGAGUCCAAGUAAGGAUGCACCCAAUAAUGUGUCUUUGUAACCUCCUCCUCCUGUUUCCUUGUUGAGACAAGGGAUAUCUCCCACUCCCAAGUUGUAAGAGAAGAGAAAGAAGACGUUUAAAAUUAAUGAGAAGUUUGAGCCAAUCAUGCAGGCAUUUCGGAAUGACAAUUUAGAAAUUGUGGAUCUGUCGAAUGCAGAGUUGGGAGAUGAGGGGUGCAAUAUUAUUGCGGAACAAUUGAAAAUGUGCAAAAAGGUGAAGUAGUUGAAAUUGGCCAGGAAUAAGAUUAGUGACGAGGGUGCUAGUGUUGUAUUGCAGGCUUUGACUUAGAAUCCGAAUAUUACGUCUUUGCAUCUUUCUUCAAAUAUGAUUUCAGAGAGAAUACUUGAUGUCAUUCUUAAUAUUACUAAAAGUGGACAACUGCCAAAGAAUAUCUAUUUGUCACAGACUCUGAUCAAUGCUACGAAAGCCAAAAAGAGGAUUGAAGAAUUGAAGAAGUUGGGGUAUGUAGUGAAUAUUUGA